AUGGAGGUUUCCAGUCAGCCUAUCAGUCUCCAGCAGUCGUCUACCGCGCCUCUAAAUUCGUACCCCCCUACUCCUCCCGCAACAGAGAGUGGCUCGAGGAGGGUAUCAAGUACGAGUAUUCAUCUCGACGUCCAGACUCCACUCGAUAACGAUGAAACAAAAUCUGGAGGUUCUCGGAAGUACCGGCUUCCACCGAGAAGUAGGACUGAUAAUAAGGUGCUGACGGAAGAUCUUAAAACUCCAGACAAACAUGUUAUAAGAGACCCUCGGUUGAUUCGCCUCACGGGCGUCCACCCUUUUAAUGUCGAGGCACCGUUGACCGACCUUUACGAUGAGGGCUUCUUAACAACAAAGGAUCUACACUAUGUUAGAAACCAUGGAGCAGUGCCUAAUGUAGAAGAUCAAGAGAUUAUGGAUUGGGAGUUCACAAUAGAAGGCAUGGUAGACAACCCCAUCAAAAUGAGCCUGGCGCAACUUCUUAGCAAUUUCGAGCAAGUAACGUACCCAGUCACUCUUGUCUGUGCGGGCAAUCGCAGGAAAGAACAAAACAUCGUCAGGAAAACCAAAGGAUUCUCUUGGGGAGCAGCAGGCUUAUCGACAGCGCUAUGGACCGGGGUCGUAAUGGGUGAUCUGCUGAAAGCGGCUCGACCGAAGCGAGGAGCAAAGUACGUGUGCUUCGAAGGUGCUGAUAAGCUGCCUAACGGUUAUUACGGAACAUGCGUCAAGUUGAACUGGGCUAUGGACCCUAACCGUGGAAUCAUGGUUGCUCAUAGGAUGAACGGCGAGGUGCUGCCUCCUGACCACGGGAAGCCCCUAAGAGUCAUCGUGCCGGGUCAGAUUGGCGGCCGAAGUGUGAAGUGGUUGAAGAAGCUGAUUGUAACGGCGGCGCCGAGUGACAACUGGUACCAUAUUUACGACAACAGAGUAUUGCCGACGAUGAUCACUCCCGAUAUGAGUGCCGACUUGCCCGAUGUCUGGAGAGAUGAACGCUAUGCCAUCUAUGACCUUAACACGAAUAGUGCUACUUGCUAUCCAGCUCAUGACGAAACGCUAUCCUUGACUAAAGGUGUUCAGAGUUAUCAAGUUCGCGGAUAUGCUUAUGCUGGUGGGGGUAAGAGAAUAACUAGGGUCGAAGUGACUCUGGACAAGGGAAAAUCUUGGGUGCUCGCCAAUAUUUCGUACCCCGAAGACGAGUAUCGAGUCGCACCCGAUGGAGAAGAAUUGUAUGGUGGACGAUUGGACUUAUCUUGGAGGGAAAGCUGCUUUUGUUGGUGUUUUUGGGAUUUGGAUAUUAAGAUAUCGGAACUGCAGGCAGCGGACGACAUUAUGGUACGAGCAAUGGAUGAGUCUCUGAUGGUACAACCGCGAGAUAUGUACUGGAGUGUUUUGGGUAUGAUGAACAAUCCCUGGUUCCGGGUUGUUAUUCACAAGGAGGGUCAUACACUGCGGUUUGAGCAUCCGACACAGGCGGCGUUGAUACCUGGUGGAUGGAUGGAACGCGUCAAGAAGGCUGGAGGAAACCUCUCUAAUGGAUAUUGGGGCGAGAAGUUAUCUGGCGAAGAAGGGGAUGCUGUUGAAGAGGAACCGGCAAAGGAGAUCUGCAUGAUUAACAAGGAGGUUGAUCGUACAAUCACCCUCGACGAAUUAAAGAAACACGACGGUGAAAUCGAGCCAUGGUUUGUAGUUAAUGGCCAAGUUUACGAUGGCACAAAAUUCUUGGAAGGGCAUCCUGGUGGAGCGGCCUCGAUUUUUGGCGCAGCCGGACAGGAUGCUAGCGAAGAAUUUCUCACCAUUCAUAGCGAGAAUGCAAAGGCGAUGUUAGUCGAUUAUCACAUAGGCUCUCUCAACGAAGCCUCGCGAACUGCCUUAGCCAAUGGAGAACCCGAAGAUACGAAGAGUUCGACGCCGCGAGCGACUUUUCUCCAGUCGAAAGUGUGGACGAAAGCUAUUCUAUCGGCCAAGAAGAAAAUCUCAGAUGACACCAAAAUCUUCACUUUUGAUCUCGAACACGCUACACAGACCUCUGGACUCCCGAUUGGGCAACACUUGAUGAUGCGGCUGCGCGAUCCUGUAACCCGUGAAGCCAUCAUACGAUCGUAUACACCGCUCUCGGAAGUUACAGAUAGAGGGAAGCUGGAUGUUCUUAUCAAGAUCUAUUAUGACACACCUGAAAGGAAGGGUGGUAAGAUGACCCAAGCAUUAGACUCGAUUCCUAUCGGUCAUUUCGUCGAUUUCAAAGGCCCGGUGGGAAAAUUCGAGUACUUGGGUCGAGGAUCGUGUUCAAUCUCGGGCCAACAACGAAAAGUCAAGCGCUUCGUCAUGAUAUGUGGCGGAUCCGGAAUAACACCAAUAUUCCAGGUCCUCCGAGCCGUGUUAACAGACAGCAAAGACCCUACUUCGUGCCUAGUUAUUGACGGCAACCGUGUUGAGCAGGAUAUUCUUUGUAAGGAAGAUCUUGACAGAAUGGCCAUUGGGAAUGGUCAUAGAUACCGCCUAAUAUAUACGCUAAGUCAACCCGAACCAUCGUGGACUGGCUUGAGAGGUCGGAUGGACAAGGAGCUACUCGAAAAGGAAAUCGGACCUUGUACGAAUAUCGGUGGUGAGAAUUUAGUGCUAAUUUGCGGACCUGAGCCGCUCGAGAAGAGCGUCCAUUCUAUAUUAAAGGGCUUGGGCUGGAAGGAUGACGAUCUGCUCUUCUUCUAG